CCAGUUUGGGGUGCCUCUGGCCAGGAACCAGCUGAUGCAGAAGAAGAUGGCCGACAUGCUGACUGAGAUCACCAUCGGCCUGCAGGCUUGCCUGCAACUGGGCAGGCUCAUCGACGACAAGAAAGUGGCCCCGGAGAUGAUCUCCAUGCUGAAGAGGAACAGCUGUGGCAAGUCCCUGGACAUCGCCCGGCACGCCCGAGACAUGCUGGGGGGCAAUGGCAUCUCCGACGAGUACCACGUCAUCCGCCACGUCAUGAACCUGGAGGCCGUCAACACCUACGAAGGUGAGGAGGGUGGAGGGGAGGGGAGAGGAGGAUGGAUGGGUCAGUGCACAUUCUCUCCAGCAGGGGGCAGUAUGGGAGCACUAGACAUGGGAGGAAAGUAUUGCUUUUGCCACAAUUAA